AUCAAGACAGGCGUAAUUCUUCGGUAAAUCAUCUACUCCGUCCAUUACCUGUCGAGAACUGGGCUUCACAUCGUUUGCCGUUCUAUUCGACUUGUCUCGUGCAGCCUGGUCUUCCCACUCUCCUGAAGAAGGAGAAUGAGCUGUAUCAGAAGGAGGCCGUGGAUCUCCAGGUCAAGAAGGACAAGAUGGUCGCUGAGAACGGUGACGAGUGGGAGAUCAAGAACGCGGGCAAGAUGCAGGAGGAAACAGCGAAGAUGAUCACAGAUUCUAAGGAGCGGCUCGCAAGAUCAUUCGGCGAGCUUCGGGAUCUUGUGAUGCUCGCGAAGAAGGAACCUGAACUUGUGGAGGAGGAUGA